UCUCGUACCGCAGCCAGACGUCCGACCCUGGCGACGACGACGGCGUGUACGAGGUCCCGCCGCCGCCCCGCUCCUGCCGCACCUCCAGCGCCUCCGUCAGGGCGUCGCGCGACUCCCGCCACCUGCGGCCCUCGGGCGCGGCCUCCAUGGACGAGCUGCAGCCCCCGCCCUCCGUGACGAGCCCCGGCGGCGGCAACACGUCCUCGUCCUCGUCCACCGUGACCCGCCGGAGCACCCACAGCGGCGCCGCCGACUCCUCCGGCAGUAAGGUAGUAGAACCGGUGCCGCCGCCUAAGCCCCCGCGGAGGUCGAUGUGCCCGCCCUCGCCCACGCCGGACGGAGACCAGGACGCCCCCGCCUACGAGACCAUCUACUUCAAGAGCCAGGAGCAGUCCGACUACGAGAACGUGGACGUGCAGCACCACUACCUCCCGCGACAUCGAGACCGAGACCGAGCCCGAAGAGGUGCUGGCGGUGGAGGCCGGAGGGUCCUCGUGCUCGCUCUCCUCCGUCUCCGCCUCGCUGUCCGACAAGAGCGUCUCCACGGAUAACAUCGAGGAGAUCAAGAGCGACGUGCCCUUCGCUGGAUUGUUCCGGGGGAGCAUCACGCCCAUGGAGGGAGUGCUGGAAACGCCCCUCGAACGCCCACGCUCGCUGGCCACGCCCUCAGCCCUCAAGGCUUCCGUGGAUAGAGGAUGCCGUAACAGCAUGGGGAGCCUCGGGGCGCGGGAGGGAGGCGGAGGCGGAGGCGGAGGAGGCGGCCAGGGGGGCAGCGCGGGCUCCGGGGGCACCAGCAUGAGCCUCCUGUCGCCCCUGGAGGAGGCCGAGGAGUGGGCCAGAAUCAACGACAUCAUGGCCAACUUCGGCGGAGGGCUGGUCAGGGAGAGCGUGUUCAUGGCCGAGCUCGAGCAUGAGUUCCAGACCAGACUAGGGCUGUCUCUGUCGCCGUCCCAGCAAGGGCUGGGUCUGCUGUCGAGUAGCGGGAGCAGCGAGGGCGUGGUGGAGGUGGGCGUGGUGGAGGUGGGCGUGGUGGAGACGGGCGGCGACAAGACCGUGGGCGGCUGGCUGCAGGCGCUGGGACUGCCGCAGUACGAGGACGUCUUCAUCGCCCACGGAUACGACGACGUGGAGUUCAUGAACGGCGGCAUCCUGGAGGGCGGGGACCUCCACGAGCUGGGCGUGACACAGGCCGCCCACCAGCACGCCCUCAUGGACUCGGCGUCCCGCCUGCCGACGCCGCUGCACCCGCACCGCUCCUCGUACACGCUGCCGGACACGGUGGAGGCGUGGCUGGACUCCAUCCGCCUGCCGCAGUACGCGCAGAACUUCCACAAGAACGGCUUCGGGGACAUGGAGCGCGUGCGGAAGGUGUGGGAGAUCGAGCUGACCACCGUGCUCGAGAUCACGCGCCUCGGCCACCGCAAGCGCAUCCUGGCCUCGCUCGGGGAGAGGCCGCUCGAGCCCGAGCUGCCCGCCUCGCUCAACCCGCACGACCUCAGCCUCGAACUCACCAAGCUGAACUCUGACAUCUCGCAGCUGAAGGAGCAGCUGUUCAACGACCUGCCGUCGAGCACGUCCCGGGAGCGGCGCCCCCCGGAGACGGCCACCAACACCAUCCGCCGCUCGGGCACCAAGAAGCGGAGCGCGCCGCAGCCCCCCAAGACCCCCCGCGCGCAGCCGAGCCUGGAGCAGCAGCCGAGCGCGGACGACCUGAGCCAUUUGUCCAUCCGGGCGCCGUCGCAGCUGGUGGUGGGCGUCCCCAACACGGCGCUCACCACCACCUGGCGCCACCACCCCAACGCCCUCGUCUCCUCCAGCGUGCAGUACGUGGCGCAGUACCUCGGCUCGACGCACGUGAAGGAGCUGAAGGGGACGGAGUCGACCAUGAAGUCUAUCCAGAAGCUGAAGAAGUCGACGGCGGAGGGCGCCAAGGUCCCCAAGAUCGUGCUGUCGGUGUCCUACAGGGGCGUCAAGUUCAUCGACGCGCAGACGCAGGCGCUGGUGUGCGAGCACGAGAUCCGCAACAUCCACUGCGCGUGCCAGGACGCCGACGACCUCUCGCACUUCGCCUACAUCACCAAAGACCUAGAGACCAAAGGGCACUACUGCCACGUCUUCAGAGUACAAUCCAGGGAGCUGGCCACCGAGAUCAUCCUGACCCUGGGCGAGGCGUUCGAGGUGGCCUACCAGCUGGCCCUGAGGGAACAGCCCUACACGAACCAGUCGGACGAACAGAAGCUCGCCCACGGCCACACCAGGUCCAAGUCGGAGCACCUGCGCGGCAACAAGUCCCUCUCGAACGGGUCUUCGCACACGAGAUCACAUUCCACGGUGCCCCAACAGCUGUCGGUGAGCGGAGUCUCGAGCAGUUCCGCUGAGAACCUGCUUUCCGACUCAGGCAACGGAUCAGAAAAGGAAAACGGAUCCAGGAGAGACUCGUUCAGCUCAAGUCAGACGCAGAUGAAUGGGUCUUAAGGUCGUUCUCGAUAGGAGGAGGACGUCGGCGCUCGCAAUCGCCCCGCCCCCCUCCCCAGCCUUCGAUAUUUUAUUGUGCAACUUUUGAGAUUAACUGUCAGGGUUUCGAUCUGCUCAAAGGUGCCCGGAGUGGAUGGUCGCGAGGAAGCGUCUCAGAGACACGCAGAGGCUAAGUGGUUGGUUUAGAGUAACGAAAUGAAGACAUUCCUGUAUCAUAUACACAUUUGUUUAAUCAGUAUAGUGUUCUUUGUGCAUGGAUUAGCAGUUUCUGCAACACAGUUUUCAACCAACCCCUGUAUCAUCUUUAUAGAGAAAUUUGUUUUAUACAUUAUAUCUUAUUACUGAGCUACAGUGAAAGGCCAGGAGACUUCAGGUAACCCUGUGGAGUAGCCAGUCUGGGACUCUUGUUUUAAAGUAUAUGCCUUUCUUUUAUCAGUUUUGUGAAACCUUUUUAAGAUUUGGGAAAGUCGAUGAAAAGUUCCAUACAAUCCUGGUGUAUUUAAAGUGCUUGGACUAUGUUUAAAAAAAAGAAAGGAAAAUGUGCUCCUGUUAUACUUGUCGAUAUCGCAUUGUGAGUGUAUAGACAUCCACGGCAGUAUUGUUUGGGAAGCCUCAUACCUCUAUAAGUGAAAAAGUACAAGUAGACUUACUUGUAAAGGAAACCUAAGAACAAGAAGCAUGACAACGAGUAGUGUGGAGUCCCGUCAUGCCAUGCCUGAUCUAAAAGGUGUCAACCAGGCCUGUGGAAUUACCGACGCGUGGAACACAACAUUGCAGAAACAAUCUGUAAAA